UCUCUAGGAAUACCCCCGUCUUCAUAGGCUGCCUCAGUCUCAUCUAGAGGUUUCAUGUGAGAAUUUGGAAAAUGGCGGUCGCAGGGAUCCACUUCGGAAACACAAAUUGCUGUAUUGCCGUAUGUAAGGAUAACAGAACUGAAGUGGUCUCAAAUGAAACUGGAGAAAGGGUAUUGCCAGCAUGUGUUGGUUAUACUGGAGAAGAAAAGGUGAUUGGCUUUCCAGCCAGAAAUUUGAGUACAAGGUGUCCACAGUCUGUCAUAAAUAACAUCAAGUUUCUGAUAGGGCGAAGCCAUUUAGAGGAGACAUUCAGAGAAAAGGUUGGAAAAAGGUGCAGCUGUAAGAUGGUGAUUCAGAAUGACUGCCCUUGUUUUGAAGUUUCAUUUGGUGAAUCAUCUGUCUUUGUCAGUCCCACUGAGGCAUCACAAUUUGUACUUACAAAAUUAUUAGAGAAUGCGGAAGCCAUAGGAGGUGCUGAUCUUGAGGAUUCUGUACUCACAGUUCCAAUUUGGUUCACAGAAAAACAGAGAAUCGAACUGAGUGAAGCCUGCGAAAGCACUGGCUUCAACGUCUUACGGGUAAUUUCAGAGCCAGCCGCUGCCUUGUUGGCAUAUGGUCUAGGCCAGGAAGACUCUUACGAAAACAGUAUGGUGCUGGUUUUCCGACUUGGAGGAACAUCUGUUGAUGCAACUUUGGUUGAAAUUAACAGUGGAAUGUACAGAGUUAUUGCUUCAAAAGUCAAUCAAGACCUAGGAGGAGAUUCUUAUGAUGAAGUUCUAGUGAAACUAUUAAUGAAGGAAUUUUAUAGAAAAUUUAAGCUGGACAUAGAAGAUAACAAAAAGGCAUUGCGCAAGCUUAAGGUUACUGCAGAGCAGUGUAAGUGUGCCCUGUCGAACAUGAACAACUCCAUGUGCUCAGUGGAUUCGUUGCAUGAUGGGAUAGAUUUCAGCUGUCAAGUCACGAGAGCGAAGUUUGAGUCACAUUGCGCCGAACUUUUUGCUAGAAGUUUUGAAAUUGUCACAGAUUUGCUAAAAGAGGGUGAAAUCUUGCCAAGUGAUAUUUCCAAGGUUAUUUUUGUCGGUGGCUCAACUAGAAUGCCAAAGAUUCGUCAAAUAUUCAGUGAAAAGUUUCCAAAUGCCGAGCUACUUUUAAGCAUUAAGCCAGAGGAGGUCAUCGCGAUAGGGGCAGCGAAGCAAGCUGAAAUUAUUCUAGGAAAAGAAGAGAUAGAUUUUGCUGACCUGACUUGUCCGAUUAACUGCAUUUCAAAAAGCCUAGCACUAGAGGUGUUAAAUGAAGAACAGAUAUCCAGUUUUGAAAUCAUCAUUAGGAAGUACACACCAGCUCCAUUUAGAAAGCGCCAUUCUUUUGAAUCACUGUCUGAUCAUACAAAAUUGAGCUUACGAUUUUACGAAAUCAACCCAGGAAAGGAUGGAUCAUCGAACGACCGACAUUUGAUUGCAAAGGUUGUUUUGAAUGAUGUGAAGAAAGGGAGCAAAAUUACGUCAACGCUCGAAAUGACAAGGGAUUGCUCCUUGCAUAUUUCAGUGACAGACGAAGAGCAAAAAAGAACUGAAAGCAUCAAUAUUGAACCUGCCUCCUAGUCACAAUUUAACCUUUUAUAGCCUCGUACGUGUUCACAUUGUAUUAGGAUAAUUUCUAUGGUUUUUAUAUUACGUAAUAAAAUAAAAUUCACUGCGCCAUAACUGAGUAUAGAUUUUUUGCAUUUUACUAAAUAAGGUUCGUGAGGUAUGCAUUAUAAGCCUGUGUAAAGUCGAUGUUAAAUUGAAGGUAAUCUUAGGUAUUCUGUUUCAAGCGGAAAAAUGACAGAGGAUUGGCGGAAGCUGGCUGUGAUCUUCAGAGGGUUUUUGAUGUCUUCAAUUUCGAUAACUCUCUGACAGACAAACUGUUUAUAUAGUUUACAGUUUUCUUUAAAAUCUCAAGUUCGCUAACAAUUUGAUCGCCUCCCAGAGCCAAUAGCUCACUGCAGUUAUGCGGGUCGAUUUACACCUUAGUUAUAGGGCUGGUCGUUAUAACCUUAGUCGAGAAAAGGAAUGUACUGUACUUUAUCUGUAUCAUAGAAAAAACGCAACGUUGCUGUUUGAAUUUGGCUCUUUAGGGGUACAAGUAUAAUGUUUUAGACGUGUGUAUUUCUAUGCUUUUCUCGCCUACUCACUCUAUGCAUUUCUAACAUUAGUCUUACCUUGAAAAAGAAGGUUUUUUUCCUUAUCAUUCUCACUUGCAGAGUUUUCCCUAUUUACUUUUCGUAGUUACAUCUGAAUUAUUUUUCGUAGAAUGUGCAUCUUCAAGGGAGAAAUAAGUUUACGUGCUUCACACCAGCGUGAUCUUUACUUACUAGAGAUUUUUUUACAUUAAGCCCAGGGUCCCCGACGACAGAGGGGCAUGGCCAACCCACAUUUUGCAAAAAUAAAUGAGCUAAAAUAAACGGUUUUUAUAUUUUUCUAUAAAAAUUUUUUUCUUUUGACUA